AUGAAGGAGGAAAACGAGAAAGCCUAUAAAUUACUCGGCUUUAUGUGUUACCCCAAAUGGACUUUUGAUUCUAAAUAUGUUGGAGUAUACUUUGAGGCCAUAAAAAGAGCCAUCAAAUGUGGGAAUGUUGAAUUUGUUGAGGAAGUCCUGAGGUCGAAUCCUGCUUUGUUAUGGGGGAAUAAGGAAAGCGGAACCAUAUUUCACAUUGCACUUGCUUUCCGUCAGGAGAAAAUAUGGAACCUCAUUUAUGGUUUAAGUGUUGAACAGAGAAACAAAAUCAUUGGAAUUCUGGUAGGAAGUAACAACAUGCUACAUAUAGCUGCAUUCCCCAUCAUAACGGCUAAAACCAAAGGAGUUCCAGAUGAAGCUUCAAAAAUGCUUUAUCAAGGAGAACAACAAUUUUGGAAGGAAUUUAAUAAAGCUCCAGGUGCGGCUAUGAAAGUGCAGAGAGAACUACAAUGGUACAAGGAGGUGGAGGGGAUGGUACCAUCUUCAUAUAGAAUUCGUCCCAAUGAUAAUGGAGAAACUCCUCAUGCUUUGUUCACCACAUGGUAUUCUAAAUUAGUCAAAGAAGGAGAACAAUGGAUGAGAGAUACAGCAACGUCCUGUACAAUUGUGGCCACACUCAUUGUCACUGUUAUGUUUGCCGCAGCCUUCACAUUACCAGGUGGAAAUUAUAAUGAAUCAGAGAAUUCAAGGAACUCCAAGUCAGCACAUGCAGGGAACCCCAGGUUCCUAUGGCAUAACCCCUUUAUGAUAUUCGUGAUAUCAGAUGCAUUAUCUCUAUUUUCUUCGAUUACAACAGUGUUAAUGUUGUUAGGAAACAAACGGCGCCGACGAGGACAGAGAACAGCGGCACAAGAAGUUACUGGUGAGGCGGUGAGGACGCGCUGGGUGUGGCACAAGGAGUUACGGGAGUCCAUCACCGCCUACACCUUCGACAACACUGGGAUGUCAGAUCUGCUUUCGUCGUUUGCCGACGUGAAGAGGUCGGCUAUGAAAAGGUCGUCCGGUGAGGACUCGGCGGUGAUGGUCCAUCUCCGCCGCCCGGGUCUUUGCCGCCUUUACUUCUAUUCUUCGCGGGACACAUGGGACAUGUUGGUGAUCUGGAACGCCGACGAGGACAACGGCUGCUUGCCGUCGGUGUCGCUGGUCAACGACACAUGA